AAGAAGAGUGAAAAAUUAAAAAGGGUUGAUUGAUAAACGUUGCGCAACACUGACAUGGUCGGUUUAUAGUCGCGGUGCAAUAUCUGUUGUUUUCUGUAAAAGAAGACGCUCGAUCUAUCGUCAUUAAUGAAAGUAUUGCACGCGAUGUAACGCGUUCACUGACUGAACAACCGCUGCUAGAGAAAAAAACCCGGCUAAUGCUAAUUGCUUGGCUGCGAAGAGAUUCUGCUAAACUCUACAGUUUAAGGCAAACUGCACAUUUCGAUAUAGUUUAAAAGUUUUUCAAUAUCGAACUAUCGGUUCUGUCUCGCGCGGAAAAUCUGCAUCCGAUUGAAUUCAGCGCCCUACCGGUAGACACGGUGACCUACUAACCCAGUAGUGAGUCGUUCAGCGGCUCCAUUUCCUGCACAAGAAAAGCUUUGGUCGACGACUAGUCCUAUAGUUUUCAACAGUAUUAAUUAAGUAUACUUGAAAAUGGUUCAGAAGGACAAAAUUAUCGAGUUGUCACAGCCAGAAACCGAAGAAAACCCAGUACCAACCGAAGCCGGUUCGGAUACGCAAGGUGCAGUUGACGAACCCAUCAUCGGGGUAGAGAGAACAGGCCGCAGGAAAUUCAUCACUGGUGUUGUAGAGGGCUUCUAUGGGCGGCCAUGGACUAUUGAGCAGAGAAAAGAGCUUUUCAGGAGGCAGCAGAAAUGGGGAUUGAACACUUAUCUGUAUGCCCCGAAAGAUGACUAUAAACACAGAAUGUUUUGGAGAGAGAUGUAUUCUGUUGAGGAAGCAGAUCAACUCACAACUUUGAUAAGUGCUGCUAAAGAGCACGGUAUUGAGUUCAUUUAUGCCAUUUCCCCUGGCCUGGACAUUACAUUCUCAAAUCAGAAGGAAGUGUCUACACUGAAAAGGAAGUUAGACCAGGUCUCUCAUUUUGGAUGCAAGUCAUUUGCCUUACUGUUUGAUGAUAUAGAUCAUAACAUAUGUCCAGCUGACAAGGAAGUAUUCAGCUCCUUUGGACAUGCCCAAGUGUCCAUCACCAAUGAGAUCUUCCAGUAUUUGGGAGAACCUGAUAUAUUCUUAUUUUGCCCCACUGAGUAUUGUGGAACAUUUUGUUAUCCAAAUGUGUCACAAUCACCUUACCUGCGUACAGUUGGUGAAAAGCUGCUUCCUGGUGUUGAGGUGCUUUGGACAGGUCCAAAGGUAGUUUCUAAAGACAUAACCGUUGAAUCUAUUGAAGAAGUCACAAAGAUACUGAGGAGAGCUCCUGUCAUCUGGGACAAUAUUCAUGCCAAUGACUAUGAUCAGAAGCGACUUUUCUUAGGGCCUUAUAAGGGCAGGUCCACAGAACUCAUUCCCCGGCUAAAAGGAGUCCUCACCAACCCCAACUGUGAAUUUGAGUCCAACUUUGUUGCCAUUCACACGUUAGCCACAUGGUACAAGUCUAACAUGAAUGGAGUGAGAAAAGAUGUUGUCAUGACGGACAGCGAAGACAGCACUGUGUCCAUUCAAAUAAAGCUGGAGAACGAGGGCAGUGAUGAGGAACUAGAAACAGACAUCCUCUACAGCCCACAGAUCGCACUCAAGCUGGCUCUUUGUGAAUGGUUGAGCGAGUUUGGAGUGCCUCAUCAGUACAACAGUCGGCAGGUACCUCACAGUGGAACUAAAAGCACUUCUAUUGAUGUUCCCCCACUCAAUACGACCAGUCUGGGCUCCACCACAUCUGUGACCACAGUCUUCCAACAGCCCAUCAUGAGUCCACACGUGCCCCUUUGCGAUGAACCACAUGUGAUUGGCAAAGAAGAGGAGGUGGAGGUGGAGAAGAAAGAUUCUGACGAAGAACCCAUGGAGAUGGUUGUAGAGAAGCAUGACGAGGUGGAGGACAAUAAAAAUGUCAAUGAGAUCCUCACAGACAUUGUCAAGGCUAAGAUGAUAGAGGAUCUUAAACCCAUGGACACAGACAAAGAAAGUCUGACAGAGUCCAAGUCUCCAGAGAUGUCCGUUCAAGAGGAUUCAGGCAGCGACAUUGCACCUAUGCAGACUGAUGAUCAGCUCAAUAAGGAAGUGUUUGUUCCAGGCCCCAAUGAGAAACCACUGUUCACUCCUGAAGCACUUACUAUGGAGGAUCUGUCCCUGCUGGCUGAACUCUUCUACCUGCCAUAUGAGCAUGGACCAAAAGCAGUACAAAUGCUGAAAGAGUUUAACUGGCUGAGAGCCAACAGCAAUUAUGUCAGCGUUAACUCCAAAGGAAAGGAUCCAGAGAAGGUAACUGAAUGGCAAUCCAGAGCAGAAAACUUUGAAGAGAUGUGCUGCUCCGUCAUCCAGAUGUUUACCAGACUCUCCAACUCCGCCAACAGGACCAUUCUUUAUGACCUGUAUCCCUAUAUCUGGGAUAUAAAAAGUAUCAUCUCAAUGGUGAAAUCAUUUGUUCAGUGGUUAGGGUGUCGUAGUCAGUCGUCAGCACAGUUCUUAAGUGGCGAACAAGAGCCCUGGGCCUUUAGGGGCGGUCUAGCAGGAGAGUUCCAGAGACUGUUGCCAAUUGAUGGGGCAAAUGAUCUUUUCUACCAGCCACCUCCAUCAAUGCCAACUUCCAAAAUCUAUAGCAUAAGGCCUUACUUUCCCAAAGAUGAGUCUGCUGUCUAUAAGAUAUGCAGGGAAAUGUACACCGAGGGCUGUGAUGGCCUUUCUUUUCCUGAUGAGUCGCCGGACCUUAUUGGAGACAGGUUAGUAGGAGGUUUCCUGACGCUCAGCCCAGACUAUGGCUUUGUGCUUGAGGAUGAGGAAGGAAUUUGUGGCUAUGCAUUGGGCACUGUGGAUGUCAAACCUUUUGUAAAGAAAUGCAAGCUGAGUUGGAUACCAUUCAUGCAGGAGAAAUACAACAAGCCAGAUACAGAGAAGGACCUGUCAGAUGCUGAGAAAAUGAUGCUAAGCUUCCAUGAGGAGGAAGAGGAGGGCUUGCCAGAAUCAUUCCUCGGUAACUUCCCAUCCCUCAUUAAAGUGGACAUUCAUGCAAAGGUUACUGAUCCCAGUGUUGCCAAAAGCAUGAUGGGAUGUCUCCUCUCAUCGCUCAAAGCUAACGGCUCGCAUGGUGCUUUCUGUGAGGUCCGACAGAUGGACAAACGGAUGAUGGACUUUUAUAGCAAACUUGGCUGCUUUGAAGUGGCCAAAAUGGAGGGAUUCCCAAAAGACGUUAUUAUAAUGGGGAGGAGCUUGUGAAUCUAGAACAAGGAACACAAAGAAGGAGCCCUCUAGAAAGUACACAAAGCUUUGGCCCAAAUUAAAGGGCCAAGGCACUACCUUUUUAUAUAACAAUCACAUGUUUGUAAUCGCAACUCUAGUGGCCUGUAAUGGUAACUUAAAUCACCUAAUUAUGCCGAAAACACUUCUAGAGUUUUAGGUGCUUUUUAUAGAUAUUAUUAUUUGCCAGUCAGAGGAGUGUGCUCAAGAGUUUGAUAGUGUGUACAUAUAUGCAUAUGUUUGCAUAUUCAGGGGAGCAUAAGAAAUGGAAAAAGAUUUGGAGUGUGAGUCUGCAAGUGUAAUUCAGGAGUUACUUUGAAGAAAAUACUUUAUCCUGGUGGACAGACAGCUUGAGUUGGCCAAGUGCUAUUUGAACUCACUAAAUCUUAGAUGUGGCUGGGUUACAUAUGUGUUGUGUUAAGUUGACACAUUUAAGCCCAUGUGUAGAUUUUCCAGACUAAACCUUGCCAGUACUUGAUAAAAGAAAUUCUCACUUUACAGUUUUAUUAUUAUUGUUAUUAUUAUUAUUAUUAUAGUUCAUUUCAAUGUUUUGCAGUGUUCAGAAAAAUUAUCUAGAAUGAGGUUGACUUCAUAACAUCCAGUGUUUGUGGUAUUGCUUUACUGGUUAUUGUAAUACGUUCUGCAAUUUACCAGGCUCAAACAAUGUCAGUGAGCUCUUAUGCAGAAUACACAACCAUAAAGCUAUCCUUUGAGGCAGAAGUAAAUACAGUUACACCAUAAUGUUUAUUAAUGUAGGACUGCAUGGCAUAUUUUGUGUAAGCCUUUAGCAUGUGUAUCUUUUAAUUAUACAUUUUUGUUUUGUACAAAAAAUGCCUUUUGGCUCUUGUCCUCCUUUUGUAAUAUAUUUUAGGUUAAUGAGAGGUACUUUCCAUUAUUUCUGCCUUUGUUUAAAGCUGUACAUUUGAGACGGCAAGCUUGCAUGAUAAUUCUGAGAUGCAGGGAUGAUGUUUACAAAACAAAAUUAAAAUCUGUAACCUAAAAUUGAAGGCCAAUGCCCAGCACAAUGUCUCUAACUAAAGUGAGAACUAAAAUUUAACUUAAAUUAAGCAAUGUUAAUGGAUUCUCUCUAACAAACCUGAGGUCCUUUCUCUGUUGCCUGAAGAGGAGGAUAACCACCAUUGCCUGUUCGUAAUUACGGUCUGCCUUUUUGUUAAUUUGAUAAAAUGUUAAAAAGCACCACAUUUAAAGUUGGGUUUCUCCUAAGUCCACACUCUAAUGCCAAUAUCAGAAUUAUUGCCAUGAAUUAAUGGUUCUAUUUACGAGUCUUUUGUAAAUAUUUAUGUGAUUUUAACACCCUUAAUGUGUUUUUUGUUUUUUUUUUUUUUUUCAAAAAUGACUGACAGAACAAACUUUUCUUUUUAUAUAUAAAAAGCAGAUGAGCGUACAUGGCUCUCGCAGAUUCCCAUCAAUAAUGCUUAAAUAAUGCCUGGGUUUAAGAUAAUAUUAAUAGAUUUGUGCAUGUGAUGGGCCAACAAUUUGGGUCUUGAGAAAUGUCUUUGUUCGCACUCAGUCAAGGGGAACUUUUACUCUGACAAUUGACUUGCCGAUUACUUUGCUUGGCUCAUUGUAUUUUGGUUGAUCAUACACAAUAUAAAGGGCUUUUUUUUAAGGUUAUAUACAAUGCAUAUAUUUAAAAAGAUGAAGACCUUUCCAUACUUUGAUGUAAUUAUGAUUAUGUAUAUGUAAUAUAGUUGUCAUUUCUGUACGGUUUGUAUGUAAUUAAGAUGGUUAUUAAAAUGCUAAAUAGAACAAAUUAUGUGGUGAAAGAGUCAUGCUUGCUAGACCCAUUACUCUCCCUUCAAAACACUCAUCUACAUAUCAGUUUUUACUACCACUGCAGUGUACAUAUAAUGCAAUUUUGUUAUAGCUAUGAUUCAAGGUAUUAUUUUCUUUAUUUGCACCAGCAGUGUUCUCUACAGUUUUUCUUUUAUCCCACAGUAUGUCACUUAAUUUGAUUGAAUUGUUAUUUUUUGGCAAGCAAGGUUUUAAAUCCUAGUCCCUUUCUAAAGGACUGAUAGAGUUGGUGUUUGCAUGGAUAAGACUGUGAGAGUCAAGAUGUCAUUGUAUUUUUACAGAUUCUGUAAAUAAAAUGUUGUUUUA